AAUGGUUCGUUGACCAUAUCGGUACCAAAUUUUACACUUAUUAAAAUAUGUUUGUGAAUUAAAAAACCAAAGUCGAUUUUGAAAGCAAACAAAUUUGAGGUUAUGAUAAACGACCAUGUCGCUACUAAAAUACUCGAAGAAGCUCGCGUAUAUGAAGCCUUCCCCGAACAAUGUCCACCGCUGUAAGGUUUGUCCGUAUUUCACAACCUCGUUUUUGCUUAUGGUGAACCACGUUAAACACCACCGAGCGCCCCCACAAUAUUUCAACUGUGAAAAUAUCAACGUCGAAACUUACCACUGUGAGGACUGCAAUUUCCAGACAGAACUAACACUUCUUUUCAAGCAGCACGCCCGACAGUGCUACAGGAAGUCUGAAGAGAAUUUACCAGAGCAAGUUUACUCAAGUCAGAGUUUCAUUUGCAAGAAGUGCAGUUUCGAAACACAUUUCUUGCUUAAAUGGCUUCAGCACGGUACGCAGUGUUUGGGGAGCAAUAACUUUCAAAUAGUAGCAACUAAUGAUAAAAUUACCACAUGGUAUCACUGCAACCAGUGUGAAUGCAGAUUCAAAAGGAAACAAAACUUGAAGGCUCACAAAAUUUUAAAACACUUGAGUGAUGAUCAACGUAGGUGGUACUAUUGUGGACAUUGCUCCUAUAAAACCAUUCUGAAAUCGCGUUUAAAAGUACAUGUGAUGAGGCAUAUGAACAAACCAAAGAGACGGGUUUCUUUAAAAACUCCCGGGGUUAUGCAGUAUGUGGAUGAGCAGAGUAUUAAAUGGUAUAAAUGUGAAAAAUGUCCACAUAAAUCUAAAAUUAAGGGGAAUUUAAUGAAGCAUAUAAAUUCGUGGCACUUAAAUGAGAAGGAUAUUACAUGGCAUGAAUGCCAGACUUGUCCCUACAGAGGAAAAAAUUUGUUGGCUUUAAAGAGACACAUUAUUGUUCAUCAUUUGAAAGAUGAGGAUGUUCCAUGGCACAAAUGCCAAAACUGUCAAUAUAAGACUAAAUAUCAUACAGUAUUAAAAGAACAUAUAAAUGCGCAGCAUUUAGACGAACGAGAUAUUAAGUGGCACGAAUGUGAAGACUGUUCGUAUAAAACCAAAUACAAAGGCAACUUGUCACGUCACAAACGUCUAUCACACAAAACUGAAAACGUUAAGUGGUAUGAAUGUGAAAAAUGUCCAUUCAAAACGAAGCAUAACGACAAUUUAAAAAAGCACAUCAACUUCGUACACAUCAACGAAGCGAAUAUUAAAUGGCAUAGAUGUAAAAAUUGUUCAUUCAAAACCAAGUAUAACAUGAGCUUACGAAAACAUGUAAAACUACUUCACAAAAAUGAAGCAGAUAUUAAAUGGUACGAAUGCCAAAUUUGCUAUUUUAAAACUAAACAUGUGGGGUCUUUCAAAACUCACCUAAUUACACAACACGGUUGCGAAAAUAAUAUUAAAUGGUUUAAAUGUGACCAUUGUCCACAUAAAACUAAAAGCAAGACGCAUUUAAAAAUACAUAUAAAUUCUCACCAUUUAAAUCCACAAGAUAUAGAAUGGUGCCGAUGUACCAAGUGUCCAUAUAAAAGUAAAGUCUUAUCAUCGCUAAAUAGGCACAUGAAAGUACGCCACGUGGACGAAAAAGACAUUGAGUGGUAUAAAUGUAAUAAAUGUGAAUACAAAUCAAAACAAAAAUCUGGCUUGAAAAUUCAUAUCAUUAGACGACAUACAAAUCCACGCGAUAUUAAAUGGUACGAAUGUAAACUUUGCCCCUACAAAACCAAAUGUAACGGUAAUUUAAAGCGUCACACGAACACACGCCACGUAAAUGACGAAGAUAUUAAAUGGUAUAAAUGUGAAAAAUGUUCUUUCCAAACAAAACUAGCGCCAUGUUUAAAGUAUCACAUGAUGGUACACUCAGACGAAAGUGACAUUAAAUGGCACCAAUGCAAUACGUGUUCUUACAAAGCUAAAAGAAAAUUUGCUUUAGAACAACACAUAAAUGGACGUCAUUUAGACGAACAAUUUGUUAAAUGGUAUGAAUGCGAAAAGUGUCCAUUCAAAGCUAAAUGGCGGACUACUUUAAAAGCUCACAUUGUCAAUUACCACGUCGACGAACAAAGUAUUAAGUGGUUCGAAUGCUACAACUGUCCAUACAAAGCUAAAACAAAAGGCGCGUUGAAGAGUCAUAUAAAUUCUCUGCAUUUGGACGAAGAAGCCAUUGAAUGGUAUAAAUGUGAACAGUGUCCACACAAAGUUAAAACCAAGUCAAAGUUAAGAAUUCAUGUACUUAGGCAUCAUGUGGACGGACGAGGGCUUAAAUCGUUCGAGUGCAAAGAGUGUUCUUGCAGAAUUAACGGCAGGGAGAAUCUUAAACGCCACAUGAGGUUAGAACACGGGGAUGGAAAAGAGAUUGUGUGGUAUGAAUGUGAAAAAUGUCCAUACAGAAGCGAUGGGAGAGCGAAUUUAAGACGUCAUGAACGCAAAACACAUAAAGAAAGUGUUUAAUGUGUAUAACA